AACGUGUUCUGGGAGUGGGUGUGUUUGUUUGAGUUCAGUGUGAGCAGAAAAGGCAAGCCUCCCCAGCCAUUCACACACUUCUCUCCUCAGCGAUGGCUACGCAGACAGGCAGCGCUCCAGCCCCACAUCUCUGAAUGUGGGUCUCACACCUCCCGGUGCUGAGCUCCAGAGGCUCCCAGUGACCUCUUGGUAAUCAGCCUUGGCUGGGUCCAAAUCCCCACCCCUUGGAAAACUCACAGAGCCUGCCUGACGUCUGCCUGUGAGUCGCUUUCAGCAAAGACCUCACAGGCAGCUACCCAAUCUCUCUUGGUAGCAAAUUGCCAAGCCAGGCCCGUUUCCUCAAAAGAUGGUAGAGGACUUAGCAGCUUCCUAUGUUGCUCUGAAAUUGGAGAAUGAAAUUCUGCAGGCUCAAGUGAAGAGGCUUAUGGAAGAAAAUGCUGCCCUCCAGGCCCAGAUACCAGAGCUCCAGAAAUCCGGAGCAGCCAAAGAGGAUGAACCACUCCGAAAGUCCUCAGCGGCCCAAGAGCCCCCAGACUCCCCAGAGCUACUGGAACCUCCAGCAGCCAGAGCCUCACAAAAGCCCUGGGAACCCCCAGCAACCACAGAGUCCGGGGGAACUCCAGAGAUCAAGCAGCCCAGAGAACCCUCAGCCAUUAGAGAGCCCAGCGAGUCCUCAGCCACCAGAGAGUUCAUGGGACUCCCAGAGAUCAAGGAGUCCCAGAAGUCCCCAGAGACCAAGGAGUCUGGGGGACCCUCAGCCAUCACAGAGUUCAGGGGAUCCCCAGAGGUCAAGGAGCCCUAUUCAUCCCCAAAGUUCAAGGAGUAUUGGGAACCCCAGGAGCCUCCAAAGGUCAAGGAGUACUGGGACCCUCCAGAGCCCCCGGACUCCACAGCAGCCUGGGGACUCCAAGAGCCUUCAAAGGCCAAGGAGGCCCACAGUCCCCCAGAGCUCCAGGAGCUCUCAGCCUGGAAGCCUCCAGCAGCCAAGGAACCCCAGGAGACCCAGAAGGCUCUGGAGUCCCCAGCAACCCAGAAGCCCCACGCAUCCCCAAGGGGUUAUGAUUUCCCAGCAGUCUGGGAGGCAGGGCCCACAGACAUCCAGGGUACCCCAGCCAUCAAGGAGCUCCAGAAUUCACAGCUCCACAACCCUACAGAUGAUGAGGAGUCUCAGAAGGUUCCAGAAUACCAGGAGACCUCGUCACAGCUGGAGCCCCUUGAGCAUCCAGCUACCCAGGAGCCUCUGGAGCCUCGGGUGCCCCAGGAGCCCCUGGACUCCUCAGAUGCCGAGGAGUUCCUAGAACUCUCAGUACCUGAAGAGUCCCUAGAGGGCCUCAUAGUUGUGGGAACAGGAACAGCCUCUGCAUUUUCACAGGCCCACAGCAGAUUAGAGGCUGCAACUUUGCCCCUAGAGUAUUUGGCCUUCGAUGGGGAUUCUCAGAAACUCGCUGAGUUUUUAAUUCAGUUGAACAGCUACCUGAGAACCAGAGGGCACCUGUAUCUCACUGAAGCAGCUCUAGUAAACUUUAUUGGCAGCUUCAUAGGUGAGGCAGGAAGGUGGUUCCAGCCCUUAGCAGAUAUCCAAAACCCCCUGCUGGAACAAUUUGGAAGGUUCAUUCGAGUGCUCCAAAAUAUUUUUGACAAUCCAGAAAGUAUGGAAGUAGCUAACCAAGGCCUCCCUCAGCUGCGCCAAGGGGAAGAAGGCCCUGUCCACAGAUCUACAACCCGCUUCCAUCUCAUUGCUCAAGAGCUAAAUUUGGAUGAAAGCACAUUCUGCAUCCCAUUUCAAGAAGAGCUUGCCAGUUCUAUUCAAAAUGAACUGUCUCGCACAAGUCCAGCCACCAGCCUAUCUGAUGUGAUCAUUCAGUGUGUCACCCUAGAAGAGAAGACAGAUGGUAAGGCUGAUUCCGAGUCAUCAUCCUCUGAAGAGGAAAAUGAGUCUGAGAGUCCACCAACUGAAAACCAGGCUCUUCAAGCUACAAGUAAUCGCCCCCAUCUCAGUGAGGCUGAACGGGCCCGACGCCGUGAAGGCCACUUGUGCCUCUACUGCGGCCAUCCUGGUCAUUUUGCCAGAGAUUGCCCUGUCAAGCCUCAUCGUGCCCAGCAGGCGGGAAACAUGGAGGCCCGGCGGUAAGGGGGAUCCCGGGCGGGCCAAUCUACAAAUACGCGUCCCCCUCUCUCCCAAUAUCUAUGUCCCGUACCCUAUGGCUUACUGUUGAGAUACGACUUGGAAGACGACAGUUCUUUGAGCAAGCAAUGGUGGAUUCAGGCUCCUACAGAAACAGCAUCGAUCGCUCUGUGGUUCUUCGAGAGAAGAUACCAAUCCGCAAUAACAUCUUCCCUCUCAUGCUAGAAACAGUUGAUGGGCGUCCACUGAUUAAUGGACCUGUAACCAAAGAAACACCACCUCUUGAAGUCAAAAUUGGAAACCACGUUGAAGAGCUCCAGUUUGACAUUAUUCAUGCACCACGUUACCCUCUAAUUCUUGGAAUCCACUGGCUUGAGACCCACGACCCGAACAUUGAGUGGAGCACCCGAACUGUGUCCUUUCCAUCGCGUUAUUGUCAUUAUAAUUGCUUCAGGCACAGGUGGAAUCGAAGACGGCGUGAUGAAAUAAUUGCUGGUUAGAUGGUGGGUCCUAGUGACUUCUGGCCAUCUGUCUUCUGUUACCUCAGCUGUCAUCAGCAUUUGCUGCUCUCAGAAUCUUCCACUGAACCUCUCUCUGGCUAUGAACUAAGGCUACCUGUACAACGACGCUGCCUCUUGGAUGAUGGACUGAACCUGACGACUUUGAGCUGCUUCCCCCCACCAACCUUGCAUGCCUCCCUCCCUCUUUGAACCCUGCAUUAUGUGGGGCUAUUUUCAUUACUAUUCACACUAACAAUAUGCAUGAGACUAGAUAUUAGAAACUAAUACUGAAAAGUGUAGCUGUUAGACUGAUUUUUAUUAUUUUCUAAUCAAUGACUUUAUCACGUAUCUUCAGUUUUUCCCAAUAAAAAUAACUUUCAAGUAAAAUUUUUUUGAUAAUCAAUAAACAAUGGCAACUGUU